GUGUAUGGACGUAGAUAUUUAGGCAACAAUUUGCAGUUUCAAGCCGCUAAGGACAUUAUAGACAAAAGUAAAAUGAAUAUAUACACCAUUUAUAUUUAAACAAGUAAAACUAGAAGCCAGAAUAAAACUUGGUUUGUUUGUUAAUAGUAAAAAUCUGACCGCAGAAUCGGGUGCAAGAUGGUCAAUAUGGCUAACAUUCAUCUUGAACUUUUGUUUACCUGUCUUCCUGUACAACUGUCUAAUCCUUUACAGGGACAUAGAAAUUUUUGUAUGUGUCUAGCCACAGAGAUUGUUAGUAGAAAUAAAAGGUGAUAGGGCCAACUAAAAAGAAAAAGGAAAAUGUGUUGGUAAAAUUUAUAAGAUAAAAUCAAGAUUUUGUAAAAGCAUGUUCAGUGCUUCUAACAACCACAUUGAACUGCUCAUGUGUUAGAAGGAAGGGAAUGUCUGGUGAAAAGUCAUUGGAUAUGGCUAGUCCCAGGGAAGAAAAGGAUUUUUAGUAAAUGGAACUGGAAAACAGUCAUCAUUUCAGUCCUUGGGGAUAAAACAUGAGAAUAACCUGCUGGGGUAGGAUUAUGCAUUGAAGUUGAACUGAUAUUUAUACCGAUUUGGUAAUAGGGCAGUGGGCUUUUAUAGUUUAAAAAAUGUGUCAUAAAAAGCCAAUUUGGGAAUGUUAAAGAAUUCAUAUUUUUUUUUUAAGAUGAAAUAGGUAGUUACAACAUUGCCUUAUGUUUUAUAUCUCAUCAUUUUCAUAGUUUCAGUCUUGGCGAUGGCUGAUAUAUGACGAAACAUAUUUUUACUUUUUGGGAUUUGGAGGGGAAAACAUACUAUUUGCCACUGGCUGUUGGGACCGAAUUUUGGCCCGGUAUUACUUAUUAGCCUGGGAAAAACAACACUGGCUCUCCCUAAUGGGUUGUGGUAAACUUUACAUUUGUAAUGUGCGUCAGAUUUGACUGUUUAUAACCAGCUGAAUUUUUUUAACACACUUAGGCAGGGUUUUCUUAGUUAUUUAUUAAACAGUGUAAAUCUAAGUCAUAUAAGUGUCAGUGCCAUAAAAUUUUUGCAAAUUGUCGUAUUUCAGAAUUAUUUAAUAAUUUCAGGGCUUGAUUUUAAUUUAUUUUUGCUUUCUAAAUUAUUUGCUAGAACAAGAAAUUUCAAGUUGAAAAACAUCAAGUUUAUUUGCAAGUUUGGUAAUCAUUUUUAUGUCUCUCACACCUUGGGUUCAUAAUCAUUAUAGUGAAGGCUUUUAGGGCAUGAUGAAAUUAGAAUUUAUUCCUCUGGUCACGAAUGUGUCCAUUUAUAAUGUAGUUACAAUUACAGUUUCUUUCACUUAACAAAAUGUGUAUGUGAUCGUUGUUUAUUUGUUAUGUAGUACAUAUUUCAACUUUAUUUACAUGCAAUAUGGUAGUUAAUAUUCUGGGCUUCCCCUCAUUCUUUGAUUCCCGCAAAAUUAUCCUUAUUUUGUAAAGCGAUAACACAACUUUCUACAUUAAUGAGAAUCAAAAGUGACGUUUAUUUAGAUGUAACAAAAUAUUGGUAAAAAAAUGUACAAAAAAGACAAAUGUUGUCAAGCCUAUUCUAGACCCAGAAUAUGUACAGCUCUCUUAACACAUGUAUAAGUAGUAUACAUUAAUAUAUAUUAUAUUGCAGGUUUAUUUGCAGAGCUGUUUUGAUAUAUUUUGAUUUGUUUAUAGUAAACUGAAUUAAUUGCAAAAUAGUGUGAACAGGUGACAUUAUCUGUUUAUUUGUACCACAUUAUAACAGCUGUCUAGAUGGUUAUUAUGUAUAAUUCUGAAGUUAUGAAUUAUAUACUUGGAAUUUCGCUUGUAUCAUUGUAUAUCAGUAAUGGCCUGUCAAGUGAAAGAAAUAACUUGGAGUAGAAAUUUCUGAAGACUGUAUUAAAUAAAUACACUUUAUUUAAAGCAAGAAAACAGAAGUCAAAAAAUACAAAGUAUCCUUCUGGUGAUUAAAAUAAAAAAAAGAUGAAUAUUAUACUAUUUUCUAGGACAUUUGCAUUAUGUCAUAUCUCAGUGUGUUCUUUUAAGAGACUCAGGAUUUCUUUGUCAGCAUACAUUUUGUUAUGUGUAUGUGUGCAGAGAAACUAAGAUACAGAAAAUAAUGAUAAGUGGGAUUUUUGUUUUGCUUUUUGAUAAGAAAACAACACAUUUAAAUCAGUAGCUUUGCAAAUACUAACUCACAUAAUAAAAUCGAGCAUUGAAAUAGGCUGUACCAGUUCUUAGCAUUUUGAAGACACGUUGGUCAAGUACGAGUCGGUGAUUUCCUUGAAGGAGAGUAACAACAAUGAAAAAAAGAAGAUUUGUAGUAAUGCAUAAAUUUAAGUGUUUAGCAAAACACCACAACAAUGGAUAUAUUGGAACGAGAAUUGUGUGUACUAUUUAUUAACAUUGAAUUUUUCAUACAGAAAGCCAAAAAGACUCAUUAAAUUCUAAAAUGUCUGCUUCAUUUUUCCAAACAGAGUAUUUAAAAAGUCUUUCCCAUUGUGUGUGAGACUGAGAGAGUUUUGCAUUUUGUAAUAUAUUGUUAAAAGCGAGAAUGUCUAAAAGUUUAUGUUUUUCAUAAUGCGUGUCUGAAGUGUUAAACAUACCUGGUUUUCCACUUGUAUGUUUAUUUGAAAUUUAUUUUCAUUUAAUCUAGCAUAAAACUAAUGUUUAUUAUGUUUCAGGAUGAAAAGUAAUUUCUAGUUUGUUUUGGAGUAUGUCUAUGUACAGUCAUUACAGCAGAUUUUGGUUUGCAAAAACUUGCAAUGUUACAUUGGUUAUAAUCUUUAAUUUUCCCCCCAAUUUUAUGAAAUGGAUACCGGUACUUGGCUAAUAUUUAUUUUGGUAUGUACAUUGUAAGUGAUUGAAUUCACUGGGAAAAAAUAAUACAGUGUGUACUCUUCACUGUAAGAAAAACACUACUUUGUUGUGUUAUUUAAUGUUCACUGGAGUCUUGACUGAAAACUGUUGUAGCUCCUUUAUUUAGUUACAAGUACAGUUUUCAUGUCAUGUAGAAUAUUGUAAUCUGUAGAAGUGACAAUUCCAGAGCGAACAGUUCUCUACAAAUGUACUUUAUUUUGUUUUCAAUUUAUAAGAAAUAAUAUUCUUAGCAUUUAUUCAGGCCUGGGAUUUUUCAGGGCUGGUCCUGAUUUCAGGAUUUUGGUUGCCAGAAUUUUCCUAUAUAACUCUAUUGAAAAUAGGAAUUUCAGGCUUGAGAAUGUAGAUUUUCAGGAUUUUGAUUUCUGACUGAAUCCCAGGCCUGUUAUUAAGUUGACUUAGAGAGGUCACUUUUUACAUUUUAUUCAGGUUUGGAUAUAUAUGCACUCUUUUUAGCUCACCUGAACCGAUUCAGGGUGAGCUAUUGUGAUAGUACUGUGUUCGCCGUCAGUUGUCUGGCGUAAGCUUUUUACCUUUAAAUGACUUCUUCUCUUGAACUGGUUGAUGGAUCACCACCAAACUUGAUUUGUAGCAUCCUCGUAAGAUCCUCCCUGGGAAUUUUUCCAGUGGUUCUGCUUGACUUGUUUAAGGGGUCACAAGAGCUAAGGCUUAAAAACCUUUAACAAUUUCUCCUCAUGAACCGCUUUAUCACCAAACUUGAUCUGAAGCAACCUUAUAAGGUCCUCUCUCCUAUUGUUAUGAAAUUACAAAUAGUUCUGCUUGAUUGAUUUUAGGGGCCACCAGAUCUAAAAAUAGAAAAAAAUAAAAUAAAAAAUAUUAUUCAGCUUCUUGUCAUAAACCGUUUGAUGGAUUAUCACCAGUCUAUGUCUGUAGCAUUCUAGUAAAGUCAUCUCUCAAAUUUUUAUAAAUGGUUUUCCACUUGAUUGAUUUUUAGGGCCAUCAGUGCAAAAAUAGAAAAAAAAACAAUGGCUUCUUUUAAUGAACAACUUAAAGGGUCAUCAUCAAACUUGGACUGUAGCACCCUAGUAAGGUCCUUUUAGUUUUGUUCAAAGGGUUAGUUUGCUGAAUUUUAAGGGCUGCCAGUGCUAAAGAAAAAGCUUUAAAUUAAUAAAUAGCCGCUUCUCAUGAACUGAUCAAACUUGGUCUGUUGCAUCCUUGUACGGACCUCUCCUGCGUUUGUUCAAAAUUAAUGUUUGCUUGUCACCUUGAAGGGCUGCCACAGUAAGUAAUAGAGAACCCCUUAAAUAACUUUUGAUGCUUUGCUUAAUGGAUGUUCAUCAGGCAUUGUCAAAAGCAAGAUCAUAAGAUCACAGUCUUUAGGUGAGCGAAUAAGGCCCAUUUGGGCCUCUUGUUAUAGUUUGACUGUAGGUCAAAUUAGAAAAUAAAACAAAAAUGGUCCAACUUUUUAUUCUAUACAUUAAAUUGUAAUGCAGUUGAAAUUUCUUUUAGAUAAGUGUACAUGAAACUUUUGAGUUGACAGAAAUAUUCAAAUAGUAUCAAAUGAACUGAAAGCCAGUUCUGUGAUUGUCACAUGGAGAUGAAAAAAUAUGAGAGGAGUUUCAACUGUAUUUUCAAAUCCAAAUCAGCCUUUUAUACUUGUCAUAGACACUUGGUUAUUGUUUAUGGGUAGUUUUAUGAUAACCUAUACCCAAGGACUCAUGCAUAUGAGUAGCUGAUAGUUUUCUACAUAAAAUUAUUUGCAGUUGAUUAAGGGGUCACAACUUAAUUGUUAGCAAAAAAACCCAAAAAAACUUUGAGUGAUAUGUUGAGAUGUUUGCGAGUCAUUGAGUAUAGGUUUAAUCAGAUCUAUUUAUUUUGAUAGUGGCAUGUUGUACUGUAUACAUUGUUGGGAGAAGUAUGAAAGAGAUACUUACAUUUGAGAAAAGCUACAGCAUGUUAAGCUUCAGUUAUAUGUUAGAUCAUUUUAUAUUUUUAUAAAUUGAAAUGAAACUUGGUAUAUAUUAUCAACAUGCAGUAGACAUAUGAAAUUUUUCAGCACUUACAUGUCCAAUUGUUUGUUCCAGAGUUAUGGCCCAUUUGAAAUAUUAAAACUACAUCAGAACAUUGCCAACCGUUUUCAUAGAAGAUUUUGCCAUAAUACAGCUACAUCAAAACUUAAGUCCUCCUACAGUAUUCAUCCACUUGAAAUGAUACUUGGUAUUCCUCAUCAAUAUAAAACAGACAUGCGUCUAUUUUUGAUACUUUCAUGUCCGAUUAUUUGUUCUGGAGUUUUGGCCCUUUUUUGGAAAUGAAGUAAUACAACUACAUGCACAACAGAACAUUGUGUACUCUAGUUCUACUAUUUUUUUCCAGUUGAAAUUAAACUUGGUAUACAUCAUCAGCAUGAAGUGGACCUGUGCAUAUAUCAGCACUUCCAUGUCCCCAUAUUGAUUGUUAUUUUCUGGAGUACAUUUGUUGUAACAGCCUUGUUGUGGACUUUAUUUAUUAUUCUAUCAAGCAUUUCCGGGGGCCAUGUUUUAUACAGUCUUGACAUCCUUCUUGUUUGCUUCAGAUUUUAAUUCUUUUGACAUAAGACAUGGCACUGUGAUCUCUUCUGCUAUUUUGUCUGGUUGUAUUGAGUAAAUAAUUUACAUACCCCUAACCUAUGUAAGGUCUUUUGAUAGGGUAGCAGAUUAAGAUCAGACUUUUGAAAAUAACUUGACAUUACAUAGCCUCUUAAUUCAGAUUUUGACAUAAGUUAACAAACUCUAGGCAAACUUGCUGGUGGUAAAAAGAAAGAGUGCUCUUUUGUCACAGUUCUAGGUCAAUUUUACAUGCAUAUUAAUAUUCAGUAUUUCAAGACAUCUAUAGUUUUUACUGAUCUACCUCUUGCAAUAUUCUAGGGGAAAAUGAGAAUAUUUCGUGAUUGUUUUUUUUUUUUACAAAAAUGAUAUUGUUAAUUAAUCAAAUUAAAGUUAGGAUUCAAACAGGCCAGCCAAAUGUGAAGAAGUUGAAACCACCGGAAAGGGAAAUGUGACAACCUGAAUGUUUUAAGGUCUGGUUGCUUACAACUCGUGCUCUGAUCCACCUGAUUUUGAAAUGAAAUCAGUUGAAAAGGCCAUCUUACACAACAAUCAAACUGAGCUUUUAAAAUUUUCAAAUUCUAAAUUUUAGUGUUUGAAUGAAGUGUGAUUUCUUCUUUAAUGUUAUGAGAGAAUUAGUGAGUGAGUGAAAAUCAUUCAGGACUGUGGUGACGUUAUUAUAUAGAAAUUUAAUAAUGAAAUAGAUGGCAUGUUUUCCACUUAAACACCUAGAUAUGGAUUAAAAGGACAUCAUCAGACAGCUUAUUGACUUGACAGCAGAGGGAUCAAGAAAAGAUGGCAAAGACAGGCGAUGACUGCUACUUCUUCUACUACCAAACUUGUAUAAAGGGUGCAGCAUGUCCGUUCAGGCAUGUAGAGGAAGCACGGUCAAGUACAGUUACAUGUGACAAUUGGAGAUUUAAUAGAUGCCAGGCCCUUCCAUGUCCAUACAGGCAUAUGGAACUACAGCAAAACACACCAUGCUUCUACGAAACCCAGCCAGGGGGUUGUACGAAGGUGAAUUGUCAGUUCCGUCACAAAUUCACUAAACAGCCGGCAGGACCACCAGUACCAGUUUCUGUUACCUCAGUUUCGGGGGAAAAUGUUGUUCAACAGCCACCUGUUACAGGACCAGUGCCAGUGAUAUACAAUCGUCCACCACCGGGACUGGCUUGGCCAGGACCAGGUAUUCCACCACCGCCUCGUAUGUUCCCAGGACCACCAGUAUCAGGACCGCCAAGACCUGUAGGUCCAGGGUUUCCACAUUACCACCCAGCAGGUCCACCACAAGGAAGUGUUCGUAUGAUACAGAUAGAGCCAGUCAUUAUCAACCCAAAUGAAGAAUCAGACCAGGACAGCAUUAAAGGGUCACCAAUGAAACCUGUUUCCAGAUCAGUGAUGCAACCUGUAGCCUCUGUCCCAGGACCUGCUCAAGUACAGUCUAGUAAUCCUUUGGAUUAUUUCCUAAAUGCCAAACCGUGGGUUGAUCCAAGCCAGAGAAAUGUUUUGAGAAGAUCUCCAAGUCCAAGACGAUCUCCACCAUAUCGUAAACAAGGCUCAGUCAGUCCUCGGCGAUCACAGAGCCCGCGGAGGUCACAGAGUCCAGAUGCAGUGAGCAGACGCAGGUCAUUAAGUGCUGAGAGAUAUAGCUCUAGUAUAAGGAGAAGAUCAGGAAGUUUAGAUAGGUCGAGAAGUCCAGAAUGGAGAGAUCGUCGAAGAUUUGGACGCCGCUCCAGCAGAAGUCCACCAAGAAGAAGAUCUAGGAGUCCAGAUCGUAACAAGGGAAGGUUGGGUAUUUUGAACCGGUUCCGACCAGAAUCUAGAGGACAAAAACUACAGGAAGUCAAAGUGACAGGCUCAAAAAUUAUCUCUAUAAAGAAAGAACGAAAAGAAAAAGAAGACGAAGAGAGAGAGAAGGAAAAACAGGAAGACAAGAAGGAAGAAAAAAUCAAAGUGAAAGCAGAGCCAAGUAAAGUAGUUCCAGUCAUUGAAGAGGAAGUUAAGUCUUUAGAAGACAUUUACAGAGAACGAGCUCUGCAAUCAUUGAUGGAUGCAAAAAGAAAGAAAAUCCUUGAAAACAAGAGAAAAAGAUGGGAGAAUGUGGACUCAAAAAGAAAAUCAGAAUCAGACAAAUCUGGGAAGCAGUCGGGUGAUGAUGAGAACCAGUCCACCACCAAUGAAGACCAGUCUGCUGUAGAUGAAAAGGGAGAUAAUCAGAAUGAAGAAGUUGAUUCUAGUAGUGACUCACCUGAUGAUGAAGAUAACAAAUCAGAUAUUGACCUCCCUGAUGAUAUAGAUAUUGAAAUUGGAGAAGGGGAACUAGAAAGUGACAAAGAAGGUAGCGAGAAAAGCGAAGCUAAAUCAGAUAGAGAGUUUGAAUCUCAAGAAAGCGAAGAAGAAUCGCAUGAAAAACCAAACAGAAGAACAAAGAGUUCUGUGUCUGUGAAAGCAAAGCCUAGUGUUAAAUCAAGACUUGGCAUUAAAGCAGUGGAUAAGGUUCCAGAACGUAGAGUACAAGACCGUGUUCAAGUCAGUUCUAAGAAAAGAUCCGUGAAAGACAGACUUGGCAUAAAAUCUAGUACACACAUGGAAACCGAAAAACCUGUAAGGACUGGUGUAAUAAAACUGAACAGGAAGAGCAGGGCUGAUGACAUUAUGUCCAGGAUAAGAAUCAAUCGUGAUGUAAGAGAACGAAAACAUGAGAGUAAGAAUAUUUUAAUGGUACCGCAAAUUACAAUAAAGAAUCAGUUAGACAUUGAAGGAAGAAAAGCUGGAAUAAAACAGAGACUGGGCCUUCUUGAUGAUGAGGAAAAUGAUUCUGAUUCUAAGAAAGAGAGAAGAAGGAAGAGAGGAGUUGAUGAAGAACUGAUGAAACUUCUUCGUGAAGAGGAUGCUGAAAUUGACAAAGAAGAUUUAGAACUUUUGUCAAAGAAAGAAAAAAAGAAAUUAUUGAAGAGAUUGUUAGCUCAGCAGGGAAGGGAAGAAGAAUAUGAAUUGUUAAGAAAAAAGAAGAAAAGAGGGUUUAAGAAAAGGAAAGAACAUAUAGAUGAAGAAGGAGACAGGGAAUCAAAACGAAGGAUCAAGAUACAAAGUCGACUUGGAAGGAAAGAAGAAGCUGAUGAUUUUGAGGAGGAGGAGGGAGAUGCAGGGGAAGAUCUUCCAUCAGAGGAAGAAAUACAACUAGAGGAGGAUACACAAGACGCAGCAGAAUCCAGUCCAAAGAAGCAUGUUGAAGAAAAUACAGAAAGUCCUGGGGAAGAGUCUGAAGAAGAAGAUGUUCAAGAGGCAAGACUUGUGAAGAGCCUGGAGGAUAUACAGAGAGAGAAGGAAGAAAAAGAGGCCAAACUGAGGGAGGCGUUAGAACCAAAGUCAUUGGAUGAUAUAAGAAGAGAAAGGGCAUUGAAAAAAUCACAACCUGUUGAUGCAAGAAUAAAGAUUGCUGCUGGACAAAACAAAAGAAAAAUCAUUUUGGAGGAAGAGCAGCCAUCUAAGCCUGUGGAGCCACCUGUUCGUAUAACAUUCACUGGCAUGGAUUCUGCACCAAAACCUAAGCUGAUACGUCUUGGAAGGGAGCAGAAUGAAAAUGAUCAGCCAACAGAGUCUAAGACUGCCAGGCGAAUCAGGCUGGAACGACCGAUAUAUGUCCCACCUACUGUCAAAAAAACAGAUGCACCUGUGGUUGUCACAAAAGCCCCAGGACCUCCAAAGGGUAGAGAGAUAGUCGACUAUGGAGAUAUGUUUCCUAAGAAAUCUACCUCAAAAGAAGACAUAGGAGUGAAGAAGAGUACAGUGAAAUUGAUCACGUCAGCAUCUGAAAGUGAUCUCUCUGUACGACCACGACUGAAGCUUCAGAAAGGACCACCUAAGGUUGAGGUUAAAGAUGCUACAGUAAAGACCUUUGCAGAGAUCAUGGCGGAGAAGAAGAGAAAACGUCUUCUUGCACAACAGGGAAAGCCAUACACACCUAUAUCAUUUGAUGAAACAGAGUCAUCACAAGAGAGUAAAUCAGUGUCUGGGGAGGACAGGUUGUCUCCCUUGCCUACACAACCUCAGGUCACCCUCCCAUCCAGCAGCAUAAAUGUAUCUAGUGCAGUAAAAACACAAACAUUGACUAAGUCACUCAGUACCUCAAAUGUAGAACAAACUGAAAAUAAACCAAAUCGCUGGAAAAGGCGAAAAGUUAACAAUCCACAAGAGCUUUCGCCAAAAGAAACAGUUACAAAAUCUCAGGAAAUUAGCUCUGAAAGCAUUAAAGACAGUAAAUCAUUAAAAGAUACUAAAUUGUCAGAGAAGGUGGAGAAAAUUGAUGAGUCAGGUUUCCAGGAGGAGUUAAAUUCUCAGAAGUCUUCACCAUCACCUGUGAAAAGAGAGCUGUCUGUCUCAGUUGAAGAAAGUAAACCAUCUGCAGAGAAGAAAAAGAAAUUGUCCGACAGCUUUUUGGACUUUGAGGAUGAUUUACUGGAUGAUGAUGUGGGUGACAUAGAUCUCGAUAUAGGUGAUAAUCAAGAUCCAGAUGAACUUAUGAGAGAAAUUGAUGAAUUACUUUCUUAGAAGAGAAGUUGAUGAACUACAUUUUUAGAAGUGAAAUUGAUGAACUACUUUCUUUGAAGAGAAAUUGAUGAACUACUUUCUUAGUUGAGAAAUUGAUUAACUACUUUCAUUGAAGAGAAAUUGAUGAACUACUUUCUUAGAAGAGAAAUUGAUAAACUCUUUCAUAGAAGAGAAAUUGAUGAACUACUUUCUUAGAAGAGAAAUUGAUGAACUACUUUCUUAGAAGAGAAGUUGAUGAACUGUUUACAUCUAUAGAUUAGAUUGAGGGAAUUCAUAGCAGAAAACUUCUAAGAGAAGUUGGUAAACAACUAUUAAAGAGCACAGUUUCAUGAAAGAAAUUGAUGAACUAAUCUCAGAAAAGAAAUUAUGAGAGAAAUUGAUGGAACUUCCUGAUUUGCUCAGCAAGUUUGUGAAAUUGUUUUAAUGUGUUCAUAUUGGGUAAAUGUGGGUUUUGUAAUGUAUUGUUAGUAAAAAUAGAAAGACAGAAGUUCAUGAAAUAUUACUGAGUGUCAUUAAAUAGUUAGCUUAUAUGACAGUCACAGCUUGAUCUCAAUUUAGUGAUCAGUAUGAUCCAGGUAAUAUUUGUUUCUCAUGUAAAUGUAAACACAUUUAUCAUUUUAAUGUUCAACAAAGUGAUCUGAGAAAAGAAAACAACUCCCAAUUCUUCCAUGGCUGGCUUUCUUGUAUCCAUUUGUUUCAGGUAUUUAAGGACUGAAAGAUACAGAAAUACAUGAAAAGUGACUGCUUUAGAUGUUGCAUAUUUUAAUUAUUUACUAACAUAUGUUUGCCUAGUUUGCACAUUUGUAGCAUUUCAUGAGUAAAAAGAAAAACUUAGGUAUUAAAUAGGAGAGAAAUUAUUUGUUAGUGCAGCAGAAGAUGCAUCAUGUUUUUACUAUGAUAUACUUUUGUUGAUUUCCUUAAUAUAUAUAGAAUUUUUUUGAAAAACUUAUUUCUGUUAGUUUCUUGAAUAUGGCAUUACUUUAAAGCCCUUGAAUUUUAUGAUACUUACAGUUUCUUGAAUUUCAUAAUACUGCCAGGUCCUUGAAUUUCAAAAUACUGACAAGUCUUUAAAUUUCGAAAUACUGCCAGGUCCUUGAAUGUCAUAAUACUGAUAGGUCAUUGAAUUUCAUAAUUCCCACAGGUCCAUGAAUUUCAUAAUACCCACAGGUCCUUGAAUUUCAUAAUUCCAGCAGGUCCUUGAAUUUUGGAAUAUUGUUAGGCUGUUGAAUAUUAUUAUAUUGUAAAUAUCUUCAACUUAUUGUUUGUGAAUACAUGAAUUAGCUGAAAUGUCUUGUAUAUCUUGCAUUUAUGAACCAUUUCAUCUGUAUAUAUGCGAGGUCUUAAAAUUGCAUGGAUGAAAUAAGCUUAAAUAGAUAUAAAAUGUUCUUUAAUGAAUUUGAGUGAGUAAAAGAAAUCGAGAAAAGGUGAAUAUAUGAAAAUUAUAAUAUAAGAAAACUCAGAAAUGGAUAGAAAUAAUAAAUUGCACUUGAAUUAUUGAAUAAAUGUGAAGGAAUGAAUGAAUAGGAGUGAAUGAAUGUAUGAAAGAAAGUGUGCAAGCUAAUAUCAAUAAAUGGAUACUAAGGAAUUGAUGACUGAUUGAAAAUGAAUGAAUGAAAGAAUGAAUGAAUGAACUUUUGACUGAUUGAAAAUGAGUGAAUGAAUGAAUGAAUGAACUUAUGACUGAUUGAAAAUGAGUGAAUGAAUGAAUGAUUGAAUGGAUGAAUGAAUGAAAGUAACUUAAUGAAUUAAAAAGUGAAUUGAUAUUAAUAUUAAUGUGUGCGAAUAAAUGAGACAUAAAUACUUCCCAGCUAAAGCUUCCAUAAUUUUUGCUACGUUAGUGUACAAUUUUCAUGAUGAAUGGAAAAGUUCCACUUGUUUAAUUGUCCAAUACAGAAUGAAUAUAUCAGUAUUGUCCUCUGUAAUUUUGUACAUUGACCACUGUCUUGUCUCCUAUUUUUUUUAUGUAAAUACGAUCUCAGUUAUUUUUGUACAAAGUCAGAUUUUCAGUCUUUGAUAGGCAAUGUUUAGUGAUCCUUUAUAAAUUUCUAUCACUUUAAGAAAUAUGUUGCAUUUGUGAAUUGGAGACACAUCGACAGACUGUCGGAACAUUUGUUAAUUAUAUUAAGUGCUACAUUGAAUUGUUGUUAAUAUUUCAGUUACAAAUAUGAUGAAAUGAUGAGUGCUCUGUCAGAAUUUUGUUAAUACUUGUUAAUAAAAAUCCACUUAGAAAUGAUUGAAAUGUUUUUGGAUAUUGAAAAACAUAAAGCAAUGAAACUAUUCAAUAGCUAUGUUAUUUAGACAAUGUGUAAAGUGACACAGUUACUGGCAUAUACAUGAAGAUCAGACAUGUUUUAUGAUACAUCUGUUGUUCAUUCACAAUCAAUCAUGUGUUCAUGGAAACUGUUAAAAUACAAAAAAUAUUUUAAUUUAAGAUCCUGUACAAAUUGACAAAAUAAAAGCAGAAAAGAAUAGAA